ACUCCCUGUCUGUGGUAAAUAUUUUUUUCAACGGAACGGAGGUAAUGUAAUGGCUGAUUUGAAAUUUUCAAAUCUCACCAAAUUUUACGACAUGUGAUUGUGGCGCCAUUCCGCAUUUAUAAAUCGUAGACCAAUUUUUUAUAUAUUAAUGUGUUGAUAAUUUGUGCGGUUAAGAUUAUAUCGAAAGGAGGCAAAAAAUUCUUUACCGCCGUUUCUAAAUCAUUUAUAAAUAUGAACGAAACUAUAGUAUUUCCAUCUCCUAACUGGUUCCAAGUGUCUGGUAUAGCAGUAUCAAGUGAUGGUUGGUUGAUUUACGGAGGACCCAGCAAAAGCAUUUGUGUUCUACAACCAUUAAAUUCAAGCAACAAUGGAUCUGGAAACCAGAGCUAUCAAGCCCACGUUGUGACUAGAGGCCACUCUGAGAAGAUAGCCUGUGUUGACAUAAGUCCAGAUUGGCCAAAGAACAAAUUUUUCAUAACUGGCAGUGUUGACGGCAGUGUGAAACAGUGGAGUUUGCAGAGUGUAGAACAUGCUCAGAAUGAUGUAAUCAUAAAGUCUACUCACAGUCUUGAUGUCCAUCAAAAUGAAAAGGAGGUAGUGGCAGGUAUAGGAUACAGCAAUGAAUCAUGUGUAAUAUCAGUUGGAGUAUUUGGAAAUAUUGUCAAGUGGGAUUUGAAAUCAAAUGUGGCUAAAACUAAUAACAAAUUUCUCAGAAAAUUUAAACCAAGUUGCAUGGCAUGCUCUCCCCAUGUACCAUUCCAAGUUGCUGUUGGUACCAAACAAGGUGUUGUGUUUGUUAUAGACCUAAGUGGUCAAGGUAACGUUGUGUACAAAAUCAGAGCGCAAGACGAUGACAUUGCAACUCUGUCGUGGUGUCCACAAUAUGAGGUGCUCCUCAAAAGAUCUUUCAAAGAAUCUAUUAAAAAAUCCAAUGAAGUGGAAAAAUUAAAAAUCAAAGAUGAAAUAAAUCCAAAUGAUUCUGGAGUGGGUAAAAAUUUGCCAGAUGACAGUUUUGAUGAGUCAAUCGUGCAAGAGGAUGACACAUUUGAUAUAUACAAAGAUCAUGAGCCAGAUGAAUUUGGUCAUAAAAAGUUUAAACCCCAAGACAUAUUAGUUAAAGUUGUUAAAGAAAAAGAGCCCAAUGAUUUUCUAGCAGAGUGCAUGAAGCUCAAAGAAGACAUAUUGAAAAUUAAAAAUGAAUCGGAACAGUCUGUAGAUAAUCUUGUUGAGGCGCUUGAUAAAACCCAUGUAGACAGUGAUGAAGACAGUUCUGAUACGUCACAGGAUGAUAAUGAUAAACCACAGCAUUAUAAGGGUAAACCACGGUAUAAUAAGGCAAAAGUAUGGGAUAAUGAGGAUUUGCAUGGUGAAAGUAGUGCCCAUGUCCAGAAGCAUCUUUUAGCUACAAUUGGGUCUAAAUACGGGUCUGUUAAAAUAUGGUCUAAAUCAGGCAAAAUGGUAGCCUGCAGUGUGGUUGCCAGCAACAUAGUGAACAAGAAAGCUAAAGGGCCCAACUGUUUCACAUUGUUGUGGUACAAACCAAAUGUUCUUCUCAUAGCUGACGGAAAGAGCCAACUGGUGCAGUGUAAUCCAUUAAUCAUUAACUGGAAAAAGAAAAUACAAUGGAGCGUGGUUCACACAUUGCAUAAGCGUGGCUUGUAUGCUAUAGCUACGAACGCCCCGCGCCUGCAGUCUCCGGACAAAUCGGGCGACGAGUCGAGCGAUUGUCCGCCUGAUCAGUGGAGAGUGUGGACGGCGGGGCAGGACCGUAAUCUCAUUUGCUAUAAUAUGGUGACAAAUAAGAAAGUCGGUGUUUACAAUACGUGCGGAGGGUUCAUAUACACUGUACAGUCGUGUCCAUACGAUGCUAAAAGCGUUGCAAUGAGUGUUGGAGAUGGAGCGGUCAGAAUCUGGGAGGCGGAUACGUCUGAGGAUGACACCAAGUUGACCUUGGGACAAGUGACGUCAUUCUGGCAGAAUGUUCAGGGCAAAGUGUUGACUCUAUGCUGGCAUCCCACUAAAGAGAACUUACUGGCGUUCGCUACUGGAGAAUCGAGGGUGGGGUUGAUAGACGCGGGCGGUAAGACGGAGCGGCCGGCGCGGACGCUGGCUACGGCCCUGCGCGGGGGCAUCUACUCGAUGUGCUGGGGCCACGAGUUCGACUUGUACGUGGCGGGCGGCGGGCAGCUCGUCAGAUAUUGCGUCGACAAACCCGACAAAGAUCCAGUGACAAUGACAGUGGAGUUUGAGGGUCAGAAAUGGUCGCUGAGCGCCGUCAGCUGGCACUCCCGCGGAAUGCUGUGCGGCAGCGACAGCGGGGGGGUCGCGCUGCUGGAGCCUUACUCGAGAGAACUUGUCACUGCUGCUUUCGUGUUCAGCAAAAUGAUACACUCCAUGGAGUGGCACCCGCAGCAAACUUCUGGUUCCAGCGAAGAGUCCCCUUACAAGGACCUGAUUGCGGUCUCCUCUCUGGACAAGUCUUUCGACAUAGUCAUCGUGGAAUAUGUUGACAAAGGCGAUGGUCUAAAAUUACAUAAAUGGAAAUCGCUGAACGGUCACACCAACGCGGUGCUGCAGUUGGUUUGGAACCCGCACAAGGACGCACUGCUGCUGUCCACAUCACACGACAGUAGCAUAAGGGUGUGGGACGUAUUGGCCGGCACGUGUAUCGCCAUAUUCGGGCGCCACGUGCAGUCGUCACUGGGCGCCACGUGGAGCGCGCUGCCUCAGCUGUCCUCCACCGUGCUAUCGGGCGGCGCGGACUGCUGCCUGAGGGUGUGGAGGGUGGAGGACUACCCGCCUGAGACAUACACAGAAGUCAAACAUGAAAUAAUCCCAAAGAAGCUGAAAAAGAAAAAAGUUAAAAAAGACGAAGAAAAUGAAGAAGCACCGAAGGAGACCGACCUCCCCCUGGCGGCGCAGGUCGCUGCGAGGGUCGACAAGAAGUUCAAGGCCCCCAAACAGUUCCUUUUGGCCACUCUACAUAAAAGCUUAACAAACUGUUCUGCUCUAUGUUUAAGAAAGAUGGCCGAGAGAUUGAUCCAAUCGGAAGAUUUUCAACAAAAUCAAACGAAUAAUUCUGAAAAAACAUCUACCAAAACUACUGAUGAAUUUGAAACAAUUGAAGUUCUUAAACCUGAAGAUAUCAAAAGUGAUACAGAUGAUCCCGAGGCCAAAGAUGAAGAAUUUGAAGUCAAUGAAGUUAAAGAAACCGAGGAUGUGUACGUGGAAUAUUGGAAGGUUUUCGGCAACACCAAUGAUUUGAACGAGAUGUUCGAGUUUGAAAUGCAGCGUCACGUGGAGCAGGGCCGGCUCGACUCGUGCAUCAUGCUGUCGAUAUUCCGCGGCCACAUCGACGCCAUGAUCCAGUUCGCGAGCCAGCGGAACGCGCUGUGCCCCUUCCUCGUCAGCCUGUCCCCCUGCGUGUCUUUCAAAUAUUGGAAAGAUGUUACUCAACUCUAUUUGGCUCAAAUCGAAAGAAUGGUUGCUACAGGGCAGAGGCAUAGAAUCGGAGAGAACAAGUCGUACGGCGGCAGCGUGUACCGGCGCGCGGCGCUGAUGCUGAGCCUGCACGACCUGCGCGGCGCCGUCACCGUGCUCGUGGACGCGGACCUGUUCCCGGAGGCCUACAUGCUGGCCAAGGCCAGACACGUGGACGCUUUGGCAGAGGAAGUGUUGCACGCGUGGAAAGUUGAUUGCUUUCGCAACGGACGGAUUGAAGCGCUGGCUAUGUGUUAUUUGGCAUUGGGAAACUUGUACAAGGCGGCAACUACAUUGGUCAAGUCGAACAAACAGGAGUUUCUCACGGUGGCCGCGGAGCUCGCCAAAGCCCUAGGCCAAGACACCUUCGCGACACACAUCGAAGACAAGAAGUCGCUGAUAGUCAGCGAGACCCCAGAACAGGACCCUGAUGAAGAUUUGAAACCGUUGCCCUCAAAAAUCGAUCUGAUGAAACAUAGUAUAGAAAUAGACGGAGAAGAUAGUGAAAGUGAAGACUGAUUUUGUAUAAGUUGGUAUAUUGGGAAAGGACAUGGUCAAUAGGGAAUGCGUGUGGUUUGAUUUGAGGGCGAAUGUUUUUCUUUGUAUUAUUUACUAGUAGACGCCGCGCGGUUUCACCCGCGUGGUUUCUGUUCCCGUAGGAAUACCGAGAUACAUUUAUCCUAUAGCCUACCUCUAUAAAUCGGCUAUAUAUCACUGAAAGUUUUUUUCAAAUCGGACCAGUAGUUCCUGAGAUUAGCGCGUUCAAUCAAACAAACUCUUCAGCUUUAUAAUAUUAGUAUAGAUUGGUAUGUAUAAUGUAGUAUGUUACUCACAACAAUAUUUCUUUAUCUAGUCAGUUUAAAUUGUAAUUUUUUUUUAUUAAAAUGGUGAUAAUCCCUGGGAAAUUCAAUUAUAGUGAAACGUUCGCUAUGAUAGUGAUCGACAAUGUCGUAAUUUUCCACCUUAAAAAGCAAAAAAGUGUCUUUUUACAUUAGUGACUUCAUAUUCCACGAUCGCAUAGCGUGCUAAAAUGGUGGUUUCAACUUUUUAAUUGCUUAAAAUUUGUCAGCUAUAUUAUGACUUUAUUUUGCACAAAACAAUCUCUAGAUUUUCUUUUUAUCAUAGUUUUAUGUCAGAAAUCGAUUAAAAAUUAAAAAAAAAAUACACAUGCGUUCCCUAUUUCUGUAUGCAAGUUUUUACACGUCGAUGUUACUUAGACCUAUGACUUGGUGUUUUAUAUUUCUCAAUGUAUUUAAUAAUAAAAAUAAUAAUCAUAAGAAACUUUUCAUUAUAAUGAAAAUCAUAAGAAACUAUCAUUAUAAUGAAAAUCAUAAGAAACUUUUCAUUAUAAUGAAAGUUUACAAUUACUAGAUGUUUAACAUGUGUCUAUAUUAUAUUGUCAAAGACUUUUUUAUACUAUCUUUAUGUAAAAUCCUUGGUAUUUGUAUUUUAUAUGGUGCUACAGUAAGUACCACAGUGGCGCCAUCUGUUUACAAUAGGUUAGUUGACUCAUAAUUAUCAAAUUUAAUAUAAACAAUAUUAAUUUCGUAUGGUACAUAGAAUAAGGAUCCGAAAUAUAUCGAUAUUAAUUAAUAAAACAUCCAUUCAGUCGAACGUAGAACCUCCUACUUUUUGUUAGACGGUUAAAAGUUAGGGAUUUCAUAAAAAAAAUAAUUAUAAAAAUUGUAUUGUUUAUUAAAAAACUAUGUAUUUUUUAAUUUUCACUAUUUUACUUGAGGUCACUAACGGAAUAAGCAUCAAACUAAAGUAACAAAUAAUUUUGUCAAACACUAAACCGUUCGGUUAAGGUUUAGUGUUUACGUGACGUCAUGAAAUAUAAAAUAUAGAUAAUCAUGGCUGACAGCGUUUUGGCUCGUGUUGUCAAAAAAGUAGUCUCGAAAAAAUACAUAAUACUUUUUUCCAUCUAGUAGAACAAUUUAAGAUCCUUAAAAAAAGUGUCAACUAGCCUAUUAUGUAAACUAUUGUAAACAAAUGUAAGGGUUCUGACUAUUAGUUAAGUUUGCGAGACUAUACGAGACAUCAUAGAUUGAAUUUAGAUAUUUAUUUAUUUCUAUAGAAUAAAUCUAUGAUUGGCAUAGUUUGCAUUUCUGUAAAUAAAAUCAAACCAAUUAGACUAUAACAAAGAUUUGUCAUUGUUUGACAGUAAACAUAAAUGAAAUGAUGUUUGUAUCGAAUGCAUAAAGUGUCUCGCAUCAUUAAGACAAUUUAUAUGUAUUAAUAUGUAUUAAUAAAUCUUCAUAAUCCAAGUCGUAUUUAUACAAAGAGAGGAGUCUAUUAUAUUUCUUUCUCUGUGUACCGUUAUAGUGACGAAUUUCAUGUUGCAUUAAUUAUUACUGUUAAACCCAUAAACAAAAAACCCAAGUUCAGAGAGGUUCAAAGUAUCUUGACAAUGUACAUGUAACGUAAAUGAAUUGUAGUUUUGUUCUGGCCAUGUUCUUUUACCACAAAUUUUCCGUCUAUUAGUCAUGAGACUAGUGUAAGCAUUUUGUUUUUUAUUUAAUAAACGUAUUUUUGUUUC